AUGACUUCUACAGACCAACAACUUCCAUCGACCAUGAAAGCCAUCGUGCUUCACGGUCCGGGCCAAUCGUCCGUCGACACAGUGCCGACUCCUCACCCCAACCCAGGCAGUAUCACCAUUAAGGUCCUCCACGCAAUGAUACACAACAAUGCCAAAAACAUAAUCAAAGGCAGUGCCGCUGCUGGAGGCUUCCAGUUUCAGCAACCAUACCCCCAUAUCCCAGGUGGCUAUGGUGUAGGUCGAGUUGCUGCCCCCGGACCCGAUACUACGAUGCCAGAGUUUCGUCGUCCUGGACAACUGGUCAUCUUCGAUCCGUUUGUGCGUGCCCGUGACGACGGGGACGUUGCCAUUCUGCACGGUGCGUUUGACGGCAUCGACGAGAGGACAAAGAAAUUCACUCGUGAUAACUGGCGAGACGGAUGCUGGGCCGAGUAUGUCCGUAUGCCGUUGGAGAAUACCUGGGCUGUGGAUGAGAACCGUCUGCUGGGCCAACUUGCCUUGAAGACUGAGGAUCUUGUAUUCUUCGGUCCUCUGGCUGUUGCUUACGGGGGACUACGAAAAAUCAACUUGACGGCCGGUGAGACCAUUGUCGUCACUCCCGCUACGGGACUCUUCAGCGGUGCGGUGGUCGCCGUUGCUCGCGCAAUGGGCGCUACCGUCAUUGCCGUGAGUCGAAAUGCUGAAAAGCUGGCUGAAUUGGAGAACAAUCACCCCGGCCUGAAGACUAUUGUUGCAGGAAAGACGGAAAAUCUCACCGAGGCUAUUGCCGCACAUGGUUCGAUUGACGUUGUGGUGGAUUUCAGUCCUCCUUCUGCGACUGACUCGGAGUAUUUGGGACAGGCUAUUGGUGCUCUGAGACGAUAUGGACGCGUGUGUCUCAUGGGUGGACGGGGAGACGCCACGCUGCCUGUGCCGCAUGCUAUGAUGGUGUUUAAGGAUCUUACUGUGCGUGGAUCUUGGAUGUAUGAGCGAGACCAUGUGCGGACGUUGGUCAAGAUGGUGGAAACCGGGGUGUUGAAGCUGGGUAAGGCGGCGGGGCUGGAGGUUAUUGCUUCAUACCCGUUGGAGAAGAUGGACGGGGCGCUGGAUAAGGGAGCUGAGGUUGGUGCUUCCAAGAUGGUGGUUCUUGGGCCGCAGUAG